GCAGAACAGACCCAAUGCUAAACAAUAAUAAUAAUGAAUAAGAAGGAGAAAGAGGAGGAGGAAGAGAGGGAAGAGGAAAAACUCCUUCCUUCCUUUCUUUCUUUAACAAGGUUUUGUCUUCCCCAUGCCUCUGUCUCUUACAGCCCUGGAAGAAGGGAUUGAAAGUCCCUCUGCCCACUGUGCUCCCCCUCCCCCCGCAAAAAAAAAUCUCCCUACUAGUAAAUUGUCACAUGACUGGUGAUAAUAAAUGUUCUGAAAUGGCUACAAACUGCAGUUUGGUUUAAAGUUUCCUCAUUAAUGCAAGAGAAUGCCCACAACCUGGGGCUUUUCAAGUGUUUAUUAAUUUGCUUUCUGGGACUGAGUGCCAAUAUUUAUUCAGAUCAAAGACAAAGCCGAUGUCUUUAGCACUUACUGUGUGUCGGGAACUAUGCCAAGUCUUGUGCCUAGGUGACCUCAUUGAUAAUCAUCAAAACCAGCAGAUGGCCUUUCCUCAUUUGACCAGUGGAGUGACUGGGGCUCACUGGGGUUAAAUACUCACCUAUGGACCCACCAGGCAUGAGUAAUAGAAUUGAGGUUUGAAGUGACAUCUACCUGAUUCCAGGAACCUGGGCUGUUUCCACUGCACCAUGCAGUCAUCCUGUCCUCAGCUUCAGAAUGGUUUUUUAUAGCCUCUCUAAGCAGAAUCUAAUAUUUCGUGGGCUCUCAAUCUAUUUUAAGCCAUAAGCUUUGCUUUUUCACACUAAGAACUUAUGGCUUAGGAUAUGUCUCACAUGGACCUUAGGCUUUAGUAAGACCCUCUCUCCAGCCUGUUCGUGUGCUCACUCUGCCUCCAAGCCCCACUUUGAUGAUCAUAUGAUUCUACCCAGAGGUAUUUCUUUAAAACCAUCCUGCUUUGCAUACCCUCUACCAGUGCCAUCUAACACCUGGGCUUCACUUGUUCCCAUCUUAGCAUUUAUUUUUAUAUCACCUGCAAUAAUCCUGAAGCUCUUGCUUAGGCACAGUGACAGGGUGAGGCAGCAAGAGGGGCUUAUAAUGGCUUCCUUCCUACAGUUCCCAUCCGUUCAUGUCCAUAUGAUCAGCUCAUAAACACACAGCACCCUUGUGACUUCUUUCCUCAUCAAGGCUGCCCUUGAUAGCACAACCUUUGACUGCCUAGAUUUUUGCAGCCAUCAAAUCAGAACUAAAAGGAAACUGAGUUCAUUUACCUAGCCCUUAACUGUACCAGGGAGAGAAGCAACUAAAGCCCAGAGAGGAUUGCCAGCUUAUCCAGGCACACACAGGUUGUCAGCAGCAGAUCCUGGACUAGAAAGGCCCCAGGGCUUCCAGCCUCAGCCCGGAGCUCACCCUGUAGCAGCUCACUGCCUCCCGCCUGCCUCAGUUGAUGAAGCAGGGGCCGUCCCCCUGCAUGGGAAGCGCUUACCUUGGAGCCCUUUUCAUGAAUGAGACCAGAUGCAGAACUGCACAUUGAUCAUUUCUGUCCCUCCCCUUUCUGCUUUCUGUUAAAGGCAGCCCCCCAGCUCCCAGCUGGCUCCUGUCCCCUCCCCCAGUCGGGAGAAGUUAUUACAUGAAGAGAUCAGCUUACCAGUUUUCUUCAGAGCGGAGGCUGAGCUCGGAGCUCCGGGUAGUACAGUGAAGGAGAGCCGAGGGAACCAGCGCCGUGCCUAGCGGAACUCCAGGGCUGGAAUCCCGAGACACAAGUGCAUCUGCUAGCUGUUAGCACUUGGCAGACGGAGUUCUCCUCUAGGGUAGUUCUAACUUUGGGUAAUAAUGUUUGUCAGCUACCUGAUAUUAACAUUGCUCCACGUUCAAACAGCAGUGUUAGCAAGACCUGGGGGAGAGAGCAUUGGCUGUGAUGACUACCUAGGCUCCGACAAAGUCGUGGACAAAUGUGGGGUGUGCGGAGGCGAUAACACAGGCUGUCAGGUUGUGUCGGGUGUGUUUAAGCAUGCCCUCACCAGCCUGGGCUACCACCGAGUUGUUGAGAUUCCCCAAGGAGCCACAAAAAUCAACAUCACCGAGAUGUACAAGAGCAACAACUAUUUGGCCUUGCGAAGUCGUUCUGGCCGCUCCAUCAUCAACGGGAACUGGGCAAUUGACCGGCCUGGAAAAUACGAGGGCGGAGGGACCAUGUUCACCUACAAGCGUCCAAAUGAGAUCUCGAGCACCGCCGGAGAGUCCUUUUUGGCUGAAGGUCCUACUAAUGAGAUCUUGGAUGUCUAUAUGAUACACCAGCAGCCUAACCCAGGAGUCCACUAUGAGUACGUUAUCAUGGGGAACAAUGCCAUCAGUCCACAGGUGCCACCUCACAGGAGACCAGGGGAGCCCUUCAAUGGCCAGCUGGGACCAGAAGGGAGGAGCCAAGAGGAGGGAGAAGAGAAAGAGGGGGAUGAGCCAAAGGCAGACACGCACGGUGGGGCACCUGAAAUAUUCACCUCGGAAUCAGCACAGACUUUUCCAGUCAGGCAUCCAGAUAGAUUCUCUUCCCAUCGGCCAGACAAUGUGGUACCACCAGCACCACAGCCCCCACGGCGGAGCCGAGAUCACAACUGGAAGCAGCUGGGGACAACAGAAUGCUCGACAACCUGUGGGAAAGGAUCGCAGUACCCCAUUUUUCGCUGUGUGCACAGAAGCACUCACGAAGAGGUUCCCGAGAGCUACUGUGACUCAAGCAUGAAGCCAACCCCCGAGGAGGAGCCCUGCAACAUCUUCCCUUGCCCAGCCUUCUGGGACAUCGGGGAGUGGUCUGAGUGCAGCAAAACCUGUGGCCUGGGCAUGCAGCACCGCCAGGUUCUGUGCCGCCAGGUGUAUGCCAACCGCAGCCUGACGGUGCAGCCUUACCGCUGCCAGCACCUGGAGAAGCCCGAGACCACCAGCACUUGCCAGCUCAAGAUCUGCAGCGAGUGGCAGAUCCGGACAGACUGGACCUCGUGCUCGGUGCCCUGUGGAGUGGGGCAGAGGACCCGGGACGUGAAGUGUGUGAGCAACAUCGGGGAUGUGGUCGAUGACGAGGAGUGCAACAUGAAGCUCCGGCCCAAUGACAUCGAGAACUGCGACAUGGGACCCUGCGCCAAGAGCUGGUUCCUGACUGAGUGGAGCGAAAGGUGCUCGGCGGAGUGUGGGGCUGGCGUGCGGACGCGCUCGGUGGUGUGCAUGACCAACCACGUCAGCAGCCUACCCCUGGAGGGCUGUGGGAACAACCGGCCAGCCGAGGCCACCCCCUGCGACAACGGGCCCUGCACGGGCAAGGUGGAGUGGUUCGCAGGGAGCUGGAGUCAGUGUUCCGUUGAAUGUGGGAGCGGGACCCAACAGAGGGAGGUGAUUUGUGUUAGGAAGAAUGCAGACACCUUUGAAGUGCUGGAUCCCUAUGAGUGUUCCUUCCUGGAGAGACCCCCCAGCCAGCAGUCCUGCCACCUCAAGCCUUGUGGGGCCAAAUGGUUUAACACAGAAUGGAGCAUGUGUUCCAAGAGCUGCCAAGGUGGCUUCCGUGUCCGGGAAGUGCGCUGUCUGUCAGAUGACAUGACCCUCAGCAAUCUCUGUGACCCUCAGUUGAAACCAGAGGAGAAGGAAUCGUGUAACCCUCAGGACUGUGUCCCUGAAGUUGAUGAGAACUGCAAGGACAGGUACUACAACUGCAAUGUGGUGGUCCAGGCCAGGCUCUGCGUCUACAACUACUACAAGACAGCCUGCUGUGUCUCCUGCACGCGUGUGGCCAGCAGGCAUUCGGGCUUCCUGGGGAGCAGAUAACACCCCGCAGGGCAGCAGUGGGUGGGUCGGGGAGUCUCUGAGCGGUGGGGCUGGUUGGCUGCCACUGACUGCACUGGGGGCUCCCUGGCCUGUGGAGCUGCCAGCCAACUCAGUCAUCACCCCACCUUCUUAACGGGUACACACGGUGCCCAGGAGCAAGGCCACAGUUGUCUUUUGAGCAUGGCCAUGCACUGAUGACCCCUCCUUCAGAAACCUAGCACCUGCACUCUUUGCAAACCAAGCAGUGCGUGAGCCGCGACUGCAGCUCUCAGCCAACUUCUCUCCUAGACUUUUUCUCAGUCAGCAGUGCUGACUCUGGGUGCUGCUUCUUCCCCAGUGCUGCUGGCCUUCCCAGUAGCAGGCACCCCUUGGAGAGUCAGAGGUGGCAGCACCCCCCACCCCAGAGUUCCCCCUAAGACUUGCUAAGAUGCCAGCAUCCCUCUGUUACCUUAGGCCAGCUGUGCCUAUUUUCAUUCUCAAAGACAUUAGGCUGUUUUCCUGCCUUAAGACACAAAUAUCUCCUGUCAGGAGAGUGCUUUCUUGUUUUGCAGGUGUAUUCAGAGAUAGUAGCUCAUUAGCAGCUCGCAAUGCCACAGAAUGGGAGGCAGGAAAUGAAUCAUUGCCCCUAUUUUACUGACAAGGAAACUGAGACUCAAUGUGGGUCCCUGACCUGCCAGGUAUCAGGUAACCGACCUGUUCAGCGACCCCAGCUGUCUGACCACAAAACCCUCACCCAAGACCUGUCUCAAGUCUUAGAUCCGCGGGAUGUGGCUUCACUUCAGAUCAAGAGGCUGAGAUUUUACUAUUCAGCGAACAAAGCCCAGACCUUUGAAUUCCUCCCGCUGGCCAAAGGCCAGGUCUUUAUCCCCUGCACUCAGCUGUUUCAGGUUCCUCUUUCUCUUUUCCCUUCCCCCACAAAGUCAUAGGUUCUGAUGAGAGGACUCUGACUAUUUUCUUAACAGGACAAUCCCAUGAGACAAGAAAGCCCUCAGGAUAGCAAGGUGAUUGCCCCAAAUUCUGAUUCUUUACCCCAGUGGUGUGUGCCGCCCAUGGAAUCCUACGUCAGGGUCCCUUUGGUCUCCCAGAGCAGAUUUCCAGAGCCCACCGCUCUGUGCUGGACUCUCGCCUUCCUCAACCAUCUCUCCUGGGCCCUUUCACCACACAUUGUCCUGCAGAAAGUCUAACCCACCUGUCCCAGCAAAAGCCGCAUGUUUAUAUUUGAGUCUCCUGUGGGUCCUUCUGGUUUGAUUUGUGGAUUUCUCGAUGUGAGUUUCCCUCCCUCUCUCUUCCCGACGCACAGCCCAUAUCCACUCCCCUUCCACAUGUGAGCCCUAAGCUCUGCAUUCAUGCAGCCAGCCUGGGAGAAGGGGCCAUGAACUCCUCUGCUGCAGGGUCCUCCCGGAUUCACUUCACCUAACUGUGGUUCCCAAGUUGAAAGAUGAGCUCUCUGAAAAUUCAAUUAAGAAGAAGCAGGGGGGAAAAUAUAUUCUUACACCCACUAAGAGAAAUAUCAGGCUAGGGAGUUCCUUUUGAGGCUCAGCAGUGACAAACCUGACUGGCAUCCACAAGGAUACAGGUUCCAUCCCUGGCCUCCCUUAGUGGGCUAAGGAUCCAGCAUUGCCAUGAGCUG